UGACUAAAUCAUCGCAAGGAUUGGUCCACAUCGCUCCCGGGCAUGGCAUGGAAGAUUAUGAAACUUGUAGAGAAUUGAAUUUAGAUGCAUUUUGUCCGGUUGAUGAUUUUGGAAGAUUUACUUCUGAAGUUGGAGAGCUUUCUUUCGAGGGUAAAGCUGUGUUAACAGAGGGAACCACAGCUGUCAUUGAAUAUUUAAAUGCAAACAAAAUAUUAUUGAAGGAACAAAAACACACUCAUAAAUAUCCGUAUGAUUGGAGAACAAAGAAACCGAUAAUUUUAAGAGCUACAUCGCAAUGGUUUGCCAAUGUCAAAGACAUACAACAAAAAGCUAUAGUGCGUUCAUGGGGUGUUCCUAUUCCUGUCUUAUAUGACUCAGAAACAGACGUUGCAUUGUUGACUGACAUUUCGGUGCAGUAUCUCAUUGAAAUCAUUAAAAAGCACGGAUCUGAUGGAUGGUGGACGUCUGAUGAAAGGGAAUUAGUUGCACCUGAAUAUCGCGAUAAUGGUAUAAUAUAUAAACGCGGCAUUGUUACUAUGGAUGUAUGGUUUGAUAGCGGUGUAUCUUGGACUCUAAUCGAAGAAAUGUUUAAAAGAUCUGGAGGUGAACCCAUCGCCGACUUAUACUUGGAAGGAAGUGAUCAACAUCUCGCGGUUUCUGAUAAACCCCCUUACUCAACAAUAAUCACCCAUGGAUUUAUCUUGGAUGAGAAAGGACGAAAAAUGUCAAAGUCUCUAGGGAAUGUGGUGGAACCUAAAACAAUCACGCAAGGUGGAAAGAACUUGCAAACGCAUCCUCCAUUUUUGAUGGUUGACAGUAUGCGUAAAUAUCGUAAUACGGUGCGCUUCAUGCUUGGAAAUUUGAAUGACUUUAAUUAUAAAGAUCAAGUGAAAAUUGAAUUGUUAAAACCGAUUGAUUGUUAUCUGUUACAUCAAGUAUACAUUUUCGGUGAACAAGUUAAUCAAGCAUAUGCAGAAUUUUCUAUAAGUCAAAUUGUUCAAGCGCUUAAUAAUUUUACGAAUGUCAACUUGUCUGCAUUUUACUUCGAAAUUGUGAAGGAUCGAUUGUACGCAGAUCACGCUAAUGGCUUGAGCCGGCGAGCUGUACAAACAGUCCUUUAUCAAAUAUUAAAUGUGUAUGCGCUAUCGCUUGCACCUAUUGUGCCACAUCUUGCCGAAGAAAUUUAUGAAAAUUACAAAAUAAUCGGACCUAUUUCACAUAAUAGUGUUUUUCAACUUGGCUGGUAUCAUUUGGAAGAAUGGAAUAAUCCCUCGAUUGCAAGUGAAUUUGAGAUUUUAAGAGAUCGGCGAAAUGAAGUUAAUUAUUUGCUAGAAAUGGCUAGACAAGACAAAAUGAUUAAAAGCUCUUUAGAGGCAAACGUGUACUUACAUGUCAUCGACGAGAAUUCGACGUUGAACAAAUUACUGAGAAAUCAAGAAUCCGAUCUGCCGUCAUUUUUCAUCACAUCCUCUGCAAAAUUAUUAACUAAUUCAGAACAUCUGGCUAUGGUCAAUUCCACUAAUUCGCAGGAAAAUAGUCAAUACGAAAAAAGAAUAAAAAUAGUUAAUGGUACUGAGUGUGAUGUUUUGGUAAAGAAAGCGACAUUGAACAAGUGUUCUCGGUGUUGGAAUUACCUAGCAAUCAAUGUAAAUGAACUUUGUAAAAGAUGUAAUGAUGUUUUAAUGGCAUAG